AUGGGGGCAGGAAAUGAUUCAGUGGUGUCUGAGAUUGUGUUGGUAGGACUCACCCAUUCUUUGGAGAUGCAGCUUGUCCUCUUUCUGGCCUUCUCUGUGUUCUACACAGCAGGUGUUUUAGGAAAUCUCCUCAUUGUGCUCACGGUGACAUCCGACUCUCAUUUACACUCCCCCAUGUACUUCCUGCUGGCCAAUCUCUCCUUUAUUGACAUGUGGGUUUCCUCCAUUACAGUUCCCAAGAUGAUUUCUGAUCUUUUCAAGGAGAAAAAAAUAAUCUCUAUCAAAGCCUGCAUUACACAGAUGUUCUUCAUUCACGUUUCGGGAGGAACUGAGAUGGUGCUGCUCAUAGUGAUGGCCCUUGACCGAUAUAUUGCUAUAUGUAGGCCUCUUCACUACCUGACCAUCAUGAACUUCCGAACUUGUGUUAUACUUUCAGUGGCUGCCUGGACUAUUGGAAUCAUCCACUCAGUGAUCCAACUUGCAUUUGUUGUAAAACUACCAUUCUGCGGUCCCAAUGAAGUGGACAGCUUUUACUGUGACCUUCCUCGAUUUAUUAAACUUGCUUGCACAGUCACUUAUGGAAUGGAGCUCGUGGUCGCUGCCAACAGUGGGUUCAUCUCCCUGGGAGCUUUCAUCAUUUUGAUGAUCUCCUAUAUCUUCAUCUUGGUCACUGUCUGGCAACACUCUUCAGGUGGCUUGUCCAAGGCCCUCUCUACAUUGUCUGCUCACAUCACAGUGGUGGUCUUGUUUUUCGGUCCAUGCAUCUUUGUGUAUUCAUGGCCAUUUCUUACAGUGCCUAUAGAUAAAUUUCUUGCCAUUUUUGAUGUAAUAAUUACCCCAUUUCUGAACCCUGUCAUCUACACUUUAAGGAACAAAGAGAUGAAGGUGGCAAUGAGGAGAAUAUUCAGCCAGCUGCUGUGUUUCCAGAAGUUGUUUUAA